AUGCAAGGAUGCGGCUUGGAACCUGUCUGCAAACUGCGGGCAAACGACGGUAAACUUGCGCUAGGAUUCUUCAAGUCUGCUAUCCAACUCUCUGAAACAGUACUUGUCGCAGCAAGCUGCAAUCCUCUUGAGUGUUGCUUGCGUCGGCAGGUGGAUCACUGGACGCUAAUCUGGCUUGCCUAUGUUGCCUUGCCAGCAUGCUUUGUGUGGACAUCUGUGCGAUCCAUUUGCUACGGCUCUCACCGUCUCGCCUUUGCUUCGGCCGUCCUUUCGCUACCUCCGUUCUGGUACGCGAUAUACAUCUCGGGUCGGUUGAUUCACAUAGACUCUGUCAGUUUCUCCGCGGACCUGCUGAUGGCUCGUAUCGGAGUGUUAGGAGUCACAGUUGUGGCGACAUUGAGUGGCUUCGGUGCCGUGAACUUUCCCUUCCAAAGCAUGCACUCGUUCCUUCGACCUGUCACACAGCAGCAGGUCGCGGAUGUUGAGCAGCGCUUGUUAAGGACCAUGAGGUUGAUCUCGGCAAGAAAGCGGCAGGAGCUGACCUUAAAGCAGGAGGAGAGCCGACUGAGCGCCAGGGAGGAACCACUCUCCAUUGUUGGGCGCGUGGCCCAACUGGUUCAAAGGCCUUUGCUCUCACUGGAGGCCCUGGGCUUGAAUGUCCGUGGAGGAUCAGCGACGCGAAAGCAGCUGAGCACCGAGAUUCAGGCGCUCGAAGCCUUCAGCCGUGAGUUGUUCGUAGAGCUGGACGAGCUCAUUCAGGCCCGCCUAUGCGAGCUCAAAGCCCGCACUAUGCUUGGCAGGGUCAUGAAUGUUCUGGGGCGGUGCUGUUCUGCCAUAUGCGUGUACAAGAUACUGAUGUCCUCCAUCAAUCUCUUGCUUAGGCGCGGCAGUGCGCAGGCCGAGGAUCCUGCGACCAGGUUGUUAACGAUCCUUCUCUUAAACCUCCGAGUUCCUGUGGACGUCUCCUACUGGGCACCAAUGCUGUCGUUGAUUUUCGACUUGAUCAUUUCGGUGCCUGUGUGGACGUGCAGAAAGACGAAGGAAAGCAUCUGCCAAUUGCUCUUCGAAGACUUCGCGGCGAAGUCUGUUUGCCUGGUUAGUUCAGCAUUUCUGGUUGGCCUUGCAGCCCGGAGUUCGACUGCAUUGGUCGUAGAUAUCGGUGCAACAGGAACGACUGUGACACCAGUCGAAGAUGGCUAUCCGUUGACCGAGUGCAUCGUGCACAGCUCCGUAGGAGGAAACGUGCUGGACAUGGCAAUGUUCCAGCUCCUCCAAGAUGCUGGUGCUGUGCUGCCCGACGGCGUGUCUGGAGCUGAAGCUGGGAAAACAGCGAAAGAACAGUUGGCUUGGGUGGCACAAGACUUUACCCUUGAAUUGCAGAACAUUAGACGAAUGGACGUGCCGAAGCAGCCACCAAAGCCAAGCAUGUGCCACUUCGUGGGCACAGGGGGCAAGCGCUGUGUUUUUCAGGCCAGCCGGGGAGAAGGCUUCAGAUGCGCAGAGUGUUUAUUCGACCCGACCGUUUGUCGUGUGCCUGGUGCUGACUCGAUGCCACAGACACCGCAGACAUUGCCGGAGAUGGUGCUGGCAAGUUUGCGGCUGCAGAGCAACAUCAACGUCCGUGGUCAGCUUCUUCAGAACGUUAUACUCGUUGGAGGCACGUCCAAAUUGCCUGGUCUCCAAGAGCGACUGGCUACCGAGAUCAGGCACUGCAGCCGCUGGGUGGCGCCGGGCCAAAGUCAAGAAAUCGUCAAGGUUUGCGCGCCAGAACCUGGAUCGAUUCAAGCAUGGAUUGGUGGAUCGCUGUUGGCACAGUGCGAAGUGAUCAAAGAUCUAGUCGUCAGCCGAGAAGCAUACCAACGCAAGUACAUUCCCUCUUCAUCUGAAGGCAAUGUUAGCCAAAAAGAUGGGGCAUUGCCAGUUUGCGUCGGCUACCUCGCGUUUGCGAACACCCGCCAAUUUAUCCAGCGACUCCUCGCAAUCUUUCGCAUGGUGUCUACAUCCGUGACAUCAAACUCACUCGCGCUGCUAUUGUCUGAGGUCAUGGCCAUGUACUUUGCAGCUUGCGUUAUUCUCACCCUGAGGUUCGUGCCUAAGCGCGAUCGUGCAGAUCUGCUAAUGAUGGUGGGCGAAGUGGACCUGUCUUACGUCCACCUUCACUUUGAUUAUGUCUUUCUGUUGUCGUCCCUCUGCUCUCUGGCGGUCUUCGGUCUCAGUUAUUGGCUGAAGGGACCUGCCGCAGACUCACCGCACGCAGACUGA